GCGUGCCCGCUCUCUCUCCGUCCCUCCCGCCCUCCGGCUCUCGCUCUCUCUCUCUCUCUCUCCCCAGCUCCAGCGCGACCCGGGCUUCCUCCGCCGCGGCGGUCAUCGCUCUUGCUGCGGUUCGUGCGUGCCCAGCCAUGCCCAACAUCGUGCUCUUCAGCGGCAGCUCGCACCAGGAUCUGUCCCAGCGCGUGGCCGAUCGGCUGGGGCUGGAUCUGGGGAAAGUGGUGACGAAGAAAUUCAGCAACCAGGAGACCAGCGUAGAGAUUGGCGAAAGUGUAAGAGGGGAAGAUGUGUACAUCAUCCAGAGUGGUUGUGGCGAAAUAAAUGACAACUUGAUGGAGCUUCUCAUCAUGAUCAAUGCUUGCAAGAUUGCAUCCUCCUCCCGCGUUACGGCCGUAAUCCCAUGUUUUCCAUAUGCUAGACAGGAUAAGAAAGAUAAGGACCAAGGUAGAUGGAGCCGUGCUCCCAUUUCUGCAAAGCUCGUUGCCAAUAUGUUAUCAGUUGCUGGAGCAGACCACAUCAUCACCAUGGAUUUGCAUGCUUCCCAGAUACAGGGAUUCUUUGAUAUCCCAGUGGAUAACCUGUAUGCAGAACCAGCUGUGUUGCAGUGGAUCAAAGAAAAUAUUGUGGACUGGAGAAACUGUGUCAUUGUCUCACCUGAUGCAGGUGGAGCUAAAAGGGUCACUUCAAUUGCUGACAGACUUAACGUUGAAUUUGCCCUGAUCCACAAAGAAAGGAAGAAAGCCAAUGAGGUGGAUCGCAUGGUCCUGGUUGGGGAUGUGACUGAUCGUGUCGCAAUUCUGGUGGAUGAUAUGGCAGACACAUGUGGCACAAUAUGUCAUGCAGCAGACAAGCUAGUGUCUGCAGGAGCAACUAAAGUUUAUGCCAUUCUCACUCAUGGGAUCUUCUCUGGCCCAGCUAUUUCCCGGAUCAAUAACGCUGCAUUUGAAGCGGUAGUUGUAACUAACACAAUCCCACAGGAAGAAAAAAUGAAACAUUGUCCCAAGAUUCAGGUUAUAGAUAUUUCUAUGAUUCUGGCUGAGGCUAUCCGAAGAACACACAAUGGCGAAUCUGUGUCCUACCUGUUCAGCCAUGUCCCGUUAUAACUUCAAAUCAGUUCUGGAGGGCUGCAUUCAGCAGUACACCAAAAAAUACAGCUCAUUAUUAAAAUAAUGAAUGUCUAUGAAAGUUUCAGAUUGACUAUAUGCACACAUCUUCUUCUAAUAUGGACAAUAACUAAAAUGGUCAAUGUGAUUUUUUUUUAGUUGCAACUUUUUAUAAAUUCUCUUUGGCUUUAUAAGAGAAAACCGUUAUAUUUGCCUGUGACUUAUUAAAAUGGGCAGAUAUUAUAUGAAAAAUUGUGAGACAAUAAUAUUUUUGAAAGGCCAAAGUUAGCUCAGGGGUUUGUAUGUAAUAAUUAACUUGCUGAGAAUUAUUGAGUCUCAUUUAGAACAGAACUUUAUACUCACUUACAGGCUUUAAAGAUUUAGAUAAAUGGCCUAUGCUGUGUCCCCUUUUGAAGAAAAUAGUGUAUAUCUUAAGCUAGCAGAUGUUUUGUGGUAGAGUGGGUGGUUUUUCCCCCUCGUCUUAAAAGUGACCCUGGAAUAAACUGCCUUGCCCCUCAUUCUAAGAAACGUCUGCUUCAAAUGCUUGAUCUAAAUAACUAGGAUCUGGAUCCACCACAAAGUGUUUCAUAGAUUGCUGAAUUAUGGCUAUAAUUGUAAAUCUUUGUGUCUCAGCUAGAUGUAGCAGUGCAACCUGGAGCAUCAUUUGUUUUUUCUAAGUGACUUGGUUUUCUUAGGAUUAGAGUAUAUGCAAUUAUUUUAAACUGCCUCCCUCCUCCCAAAAAAAGUUCCUCCCCCAGUCUCUAAAUUCCAAUUUGAUAACUUUAUUUUCAGUUUUAGUCUGUGCUACAGAAGGGACCAAUUUUAAACCUUCAGAGUAAUCCACUCUUAAUUUCUUAAUGGUGCCUAUACAUUAGGAAGUCUGAUUCUUAAAAGAUAUUACCAUGAGGUUCUCUUCUAGUAGUGAGCUGGGUGUGCUUUUUACCCAGAAGGCAAAAGGAUACACAUUUAAAAGCACCUUUCUUACUGCAUUUUCCUUGUAUAAAAUACCAGCAUUUCCUUUUUUCAAAACCAAAAUUUCCUCAGUACCACGUGUAUUCUCAUAGUCUCCAUCUGUAGGAGAACUGAAACAAUCCUAUAAAUAAUUUUGUUGUAUGCAGUUUGAGCAGUCAAUAGGUUUUGAAACAGAUUGCUCAACAUUUGACAAGACAGCUGCUUAACAUGGUAUUUCUCACAAAAAGGAGCGAAAUCUAUGAAAGUGAAGAUGGUGGCAAAAAGUUGCUUUUAAUAGAUGUAAGUUGCAUCCCUGGAUAGCACUACAAAAAUAUUUUUAAACGUAAUUAGUAUUAUUUCACAGCCAAAAAGCUAGAGAGAUCAGAAUCUCCAUAGAACUUUAAAAUUGCUUCCACUUCAAUAUACAAAUAUAUUUCUUCAAUUGUACUGCUUUUAGCAAUAAGAUGACGGCGAAGUUUUUGAAAGUACAUGAAGAUUAAACCAAAAAGUAUUUUCAUUUUAGAUGUCUGCUUACCAAAGCUCAUAUGCUUUAAAUUCACUUAACCUGCCAAAGAAUGUUUGAUACAGCAUUCCUUAAUUAUUUUUACUGUUUCUGCAAUUUCUCUUUUUAGACAUCAUUAUACCAAAGCUUGGACCAAAUGAAAACAUUCCGUUAACAUGUGAUAAGUUUUAGGUCAUGUCUCUGUUUCAAAUGACUUAAGGAAAGGUUUGUUCACUAUUGUGUUGAAGUUUCUCAAUAAAUCUUAAAACAGCA